AGAGAGGUCGACCAUGUUGAAAAAGGGAAACACAACAAAAGAGACGCGUUGGCUGAGGCGAAUUGACCAAUUUUGAAAACAAUAUCUUGCUAAGUCGGUGAAUUACCACAACAUAUACACAAGAACUCAUCGUCGAGAGGAGCAGAGGGUGACAGAGGCGGAGGUCUAGUUGGAAGACCACAAGGAGGAGAGGAUACACACUAAGCUCCACAUGCCCACACAUUUACUCACACUUGCACACACUCUGACACUGACCCAAGGUCAGCAGUCUCAAUCCUCAAAGUUGGGCGAGGCUAUUUGAAAGCGUAAAGCUGUACUGUGCUUUGGACUUUUGUCUCUCUGGAGGUUUGCGUUUUCCACAGACUUUACGGAUUUUGAACCUCAGAGAAACUGCUUUUUGACAGACGUACAAUUAAGCUGUAAAACUGGAUAGCGCUUUUGAACAGGACAUCGAAAGGAUUAAGUCUUGCAUAUUUUGGAAAAAAAAAAAUAUUAACGAACUGGAACGAAAGGCCCCAACAUAGAUAAAUACAGAAGCAUUUAAAGACUAAGAGAGAGAUUGAACUUUUUGAGCCGAAGAGAAGCAUUUUGGCAAUACGCUCUCCUUAGUUUAUCUUGCCUUAGUUGUUCUAUUGCAGGAACCUGCUUGUGUAUAAUUUUCUAUACCCUCUGCAGGUGUACUAUUUAUGCAUAUAAAUGUUUAUUUCUCUUCGUUUGGAAGAGCUUUCUUGUUAAACCUAUUCUUGUGAUGACAGUUGCUCUUAUUUGAAGAGGUCACACUGUACAUGUACAUAAACCUGUUUGUAAAUAUAUAAAGACUUUAUCGAUAUCGAGUUCUGAUUGCAGCAUUGAGGACAUUGUAAAUAUUUUAUUAGAACUUUUGUAAGGCCUAGUGGUCCAUUGUAAAAAAGUGAAGAAAGGCGCAUCGGAAAAAGCAACAAAAGGAGAAGAGGAUGGCUAGUGCAAGGACGGAGAACGUAGGCCCUGUUGUAAUGGGGAUCAACAAGCAGAAUGGGCAGUUCAGAGGGCAGCCUAAGCCGGCCUCUCAAUCAGGACCCAUUGUUGGAAGUGGUCAGUCUGGAAAGGUUCCUACUGGAGGCCUAAAAUCUGCUGGCGGCUCUCAAGAAGGACCUGGAAUCAGGUUUGGCGAUGACUGGAAAAAGAGCCUACAGCUUCCACCCAAAGACAAUAGAGUCAGAACUUCAGAUGUAACUGCCACCAAGGGGAAUGAGUUUGAGGAUUACUGUUUAAAGAGGGAGCUGUUGAUGGGAAUCUUUGAAAUGGGUUGGGAGAAACCUUCCCCCAUCCAGGAGGAGAGUAUACCCAUCGCUCUCUCUGGCCGUGACAUCCUGGCUCGUGCCAAAAACGGAACGGGAAAAAGCGGGGCUUAUCUGAUUCCGAUGCUGGAGAGGAUAGACCUGAAGAAAGACCACAUUCAGGCCUUAGUACUGGUGCCCACCCGUGAGCUUGCUCUACAGGUCAGUCAGAUCAGCAUCCAGCUCAGUAAGCAUCUAGGUGGAGUCAAAGUUAUGGCGACGACUGGUGGGACCAACUUACGAGAUGACAUCAUGCGUCUGGAUGAGACUGUGCAUGUUGUGAUAGCUACACCAGGCAGGAUUCUGGACUUGAUCAAAAAGGGAGUUGCAAAAGUGGAUAAAGUUCAAAUGAUGGUUAUGGAUGAGGCUGAUAAGUUGCUUUCCCAGGACUUUGUGGUGCUUAUUGAGGACAUUAUUAGCUUCUUUGCCAAGAACAGGCAGAUUCUACUCUAUUCUGCCACCUUUCCCAUCAGUGUACAGAAAUUCAUGGCAAAGCACCUGCAAAAGCCCUAUGAGAUUAAUCUGAUGGAGGAACUAACCCUAAAGGGCAUCACCCAAUACUAUGCCUACGUCACUGAGAGGCAGAAAGUGCACUGUCUUAACACACUCUUCUCAAGGCUGCAGAUUAAUCAGUCAAUCAUCUUCUGCAACUCCACUCAGAGAGUGGAACUCCUGGCCAAGAAAAUUACCCAACUGGGCUACUCUUGUUUUUACAUCCAUGCCAAAAUGAUGCAGGAGUACCGAAACCGUGUUUUCCAUGACUUCAGAAAUGGACUGUGCAGAAAUCUUGUCUGCACAGAUUUGUUCACCAGAGGAAUUGACAUCCAGGCUGUGAAUGUGGUCAUCAACUUUGACUUUCCCAAGAAUGCAGAGACCUAUCUGCAUCGCAUUGGGCGCUCAGGGAGGUUUGGCCACCUUGGUCUUGCCAUUAACCUGAUCACAGCAGAGGAUCGCUUUAACUUGAAGGCCAUUGAGGACCAGCUGGUGACUGAUAUCAAGCCAAUCCCUGGCAGCAUUGAUAAAAGCCUGUAUGUGGCAGAGUACCACACAAUGAAUUCUGAGGCGGAGGCAGAGGAGAGGGAGCAACUGGCAGGGAAACUUCAAACUUCCUAAAGUGACAGAGCUGUGUUCACUGAAACCAUAACAGGACUGGGGUGUAUCGUGGGUUUUAUUUUUCAUCAAAAAUCUAAGAAAAGCAUACUUUCCCUGUUCGUUAGAAUGAGUUACUGUUUAGAGCAUUGAUUUGAGUGCCAGAUUUCAGAAGUUUUAAUAUGUUUUCCACUAUGGAUAUCAUCCUGAACUUUUGGUAUGUUGUUCACUGUGUUGGUGACCACAUCCACACCUAAAGGAAUAACUUUUUGGGGAAAGUGACCCAGAGUGUUAUAUAUUCUGUAGAAAUAUUUAGAAAAUUUUUUUUUUUUUCUCUCUCUCUCAAAGGAAGACAGCACCCUUCCAGCACAUGGCAGAAAUGUUUGCCUGUAUGAUCAGAUCUUCUUGAUGUUAUUGCACACCCUUUAUGAAAGCAGGUUUCCUGUGAACUGCUCUCUCACUCUCACUUGGCAGUGUUUUAAAGUGAAACCAAUGCAGGGGAGUUGUUUGACUGAAAUAAAACCAUUACCUGCA